AUGUAUAGUGUUAUAGCAAUUGUGGGCUUCUGGGACAGCCUCUGCACAUGGCAAGGCUUAAGCCCAGAGUGGUACAGUGGCAGUGGAAACACUGUGACACUUAAACAACAGUACAUGGACUGCCAGGAACAUGAUGACUGGUUGCUUGCCUGUGUAAUUCUCAUGCAACUGUUGAUGUCCCUGACCAUUGGCCUCCAAUACAGCUCCAAGUCCAUCUUUAUCAUAAUGUUCAAGUUUCAGUUUGACCAAAUAUUCUACAACAACUUAAGGUUCACACAGGAGAAACAGCAGUCAGACCAACUCCUCUCAGCAGCAGACUGUGAAAUCCAAAACCAAGCCCUACCUAAAAACAUCAUUAUCAUCACCAGCUUCAAGUUCUACCUCACCAUUGAGUUGGGAGAUACCAAUUUUAAUCAUCUCAGUAGCAGCAGUAGGAUGUUUUCUGAUAUAUCUUCUGACAAAUACAAAGCCGUCUUGAAACUAGUUUUUGAGACCAAGCACAUAUAUCCUACACCAAGAUUCAUGUUUAUAGAAGAUAAAUCUCUACUUAUUGUUGGAAUGGCCCUGCCCCUCCAUGAAAUUGACAUUACAUUCCUGGUAUCUGAAUUAUCCCUUAUGUGA